UCAGUUCAUUUCAUUAGUAUUUUAUGUUUGCAUUGUGAGAGUCUCAUUGGUUCGCUCAAUAUCUUGUCGUUUGCUUUCUAUUUCUCUCCGUCUCUCUUUUGAUUGGUGUUUUUGUAUUAUUGCUCGUUUCAUUCGAUUUCAAGCCAUUUUUUCCUCUUUGCUCUCUCACUUUCACUCCUUUUUCUUGUUCAUCCACGAUAACAGCAACCACAUUUUUUCCAACUUGAAAUAUAGAAAAAAAAUAAUUUUCAUCAAAUAUCACCCAAAAAAACAUCUCAGCAUAUAUUUCUAAUCAGAAAAAGAAUUAGAAACGAAAAAGUAAUUGUCUUCAUCAUAACAAAUCCUUUUUCGAUUGAACCAUUCAUCAUCGUUUGUGUGAAACAUUUUUUUCGAAUUUUAAACUCUUGUUUUUAGUGUAUAUUUCAUACCAGAACUCGGACUUGACCACUUUGAACUUUGUGUGUUUCCAUUGUUCAAAUUCAACAUCAAAAUCAAGAACAGUGUUGUUUUGCAGGCAAAAAAAUAAUUUUUUUUUCUUGUUUGAAAGUCAACGCCAUUCAUGCCAAUAUAAAGCUACAUUAUCGUAUUACAUACUCAUUUACACAUAAAGUCUCAGCGAUUUAUUCAACCACCAAUCUCAAUAUUUUAGAUUCAUUUAUAACAUCACACACACAACAUUCGAUCGGCAAACACGUCCAUCCAUUCAAGUUUGACAAAAAAAAUCUAAUCAAACUCGUCAUUUUUUCAUUAUUUUUCAUUUCACCUGAUCAUUUCCACAUUUUUCAAUAAAUCUCAUUUCAACAUAUACUAAACAUAAAAAAUAUGGCGGAUCAAUUGACAGAAGAACAAAUUGCUGAAUUCAAGGAAGCAUUUUCGCUGUUCGACAAAGAUGGUGACGGUACUAUCACUACAAAAGAAUUGGGAACAGUCAUGAGAUCAUUAGGACAAAAUCCAACUGAAGCUGAAUUGCAAGAUAUGAUCAAUGAGGUAGAUGCCGAUGGUAAUGGUACCAUCGAUUUUCCCGAAUUUCUAACCAUGAUGGCACGUAAAAUGAAAGAUACCGAUUCUGAAGAAGAGAUUCGUGAAGCUUUCCGUGUGUUCGAUAAAGAUGGUAAUGGCUUCAUUUCAGCUGCUGAGCUCAGACAUGUGAUGACCAACCUUGGUGAAAAGCUCACUGAUGAAGAAGUCGACGAAAUGAUUCGUGAAGCCGACAUUGAUGGCGAUGGACAAGUUAAUUAUGAAGAAUUCGUAACGAUGAUGACAUCAAAAUGAAAAUUAUCCAUAGUAUUUUGUUAAAUAUAUUCCUUAUUUCUUUUGCUCUCCGCGUCUCGUCUCAUUGAUUAAAAACAAGCAAAAAAAAAUUACAAACUUCGAACUAUCAACUACACACACACAUACAUUACAAACAAACAAACAAGGAACCUAUUCACACUUACAUCGAAAACAUUAAAUUUUUCCUGAUUGUUUUUAUCAUCUUGACAACAACGACAACAAACUGUUUGAUUUUUUUCAAUUUCGUUUCUUUAUUACGUUUUCUUGCGUUUCUCUCUCUCGCUCUCACUUGUGUUUUACUGUAAAUUUUUUCACACACAUACACUCAAAAACAAUUACACCUAUCCAUGAAUAAUCUUUAAAUUAUUAUUGGAAUUGAUUGGUUUUUUCAUGUGAAUCAUUCUUUUUUUUCUCACAAAUUUUGUUUCUCUUUCUCUUUCAUUUUUUUCUGUCAAUUUGAUUGCAACAAAAGAAAAAGAAAAAUUUGAAUUUAAUAUUUAAGAUUAUGAUUAUUGAUAACUAAUCACAGAUAUUGUAUGUGUGUAUGUGUAUGAUGAAUAGUGUGGUAAUGGCUGUGUAUUUCCAUCAUCAUCGUAAAUUAUGAAUAUUCUCAUUGAUGGGUGUGGAUUUGUUACCGGAUUGGAAUCAUCCAUAUCGAAUAAAUUUGGAACAUCGAUCUGACCGUGUUUGUGUGUUUUUUUUGUCACAGUUUUGCUAUCCAUUAUCUUCAUUCAUUCUUUCGUUUUAUCUUCAACGAACGAUUCCAUCAUCGAAAUAGUGCCAUCCAUCCAUUUCCGUUACAAAUGAAAUGAAAAAAAACAAACUAUUCAACAACCAUAUAUCGGCUGGGAAUUGUGGUCAAUCAUAAUUGCAAUUGUUCAUCGGUUUCGAUAAAAGAAUCACUCAUUUUUCAAUUUACAGUUACACACACGCCAUGCCUACAUACACUCACACACACCUACAUCCAAAUAACUAAAUUUGCACUUAAGUAAAAUACCUGUUUGUCAUUCAACAACCACAGAAAUUUAAAAAAAAAACAAGCACCAAAAUCAUUUAUAAUUAUGAACAAGCAGCAUGUUAUAAGCAUAUAAAUAUCAUGAUUUGGUCAGAAUUCAUUCAAAAAAAAAAAUAUCAAUAUCAAAAAAUUAAAAAAUAACAUGAAAACAAUCCUAAAUCUAAACUAAUGAUAAUUGAUAUAUAAUAAUAAUAAUUUCUAUUUGUUGUGUUCCAUAUA